UUUGAACUUGGAAUCGAGAGCGGAUGAAAUUUAUAAGGGAAGAAUUGAACAUCAAUCGGAAAAUAAUCCAUUAUUGUAUGAGAGGUGCGUCAAAGAAUGCUUGAGAGAGAACCUACUCCAUCAUAUCGCUAUAUCAAGGCUUUUCAGCCUUUAUGAAGAAAUAACAUCAACAAUUUAUGGUAUCCUUAUCGGAUUGAGCAUGAUUGUUCUGGCAACUAUAUCACUUGUACUUACUAGGACAAAAGUAUUAUCUUUCGAAAUGCUGAAAUUCAUAUUUCUUUUCAUGUUGGAACUUACAAUAGUAUUUGGCUACUGUUUUAUGGGUACCUCUCUUUCUGACGCCAGCAGCAGGAUUUCAAACGCUCUCUACAAUUGCACAUGGUACAAAUUGUCUGAGAAACAGAAGAAAACGUUGAUAAUAUUUCAACUUUGCUCUAAAAAUGAAAUAGUGCUGAAAGGGAGUUGGCUUUUUCAGAUCAAUUUACAGUUGUUUGUGCAGAUCAUGCAAACCACCUAUUCAAUAUUCAAUAUAUUUGCAACAACAGAUCUUAUUGCUACAGAUGGAACAUAAUAAUUGUUGAAUAAACAAAUUUGAUAUGGCAGGCUCACUUCGCUCGCCUUAUUCGUCUACCCAGAAUCCCCGGCUGAAUAAUUCGGAAUUAAGAACAGAAGACUCGAUUCACACGCCUGCAUUUUUCCUCCCGUCAAUUAUUCAAAUAUAGACUUCCAGGCUCGAUUCAGUCACCAGUAUUGAAUAAGACAACGCAGUAUAAUGCCGGAAAAAGCCGAUUUUGGUCGUAUUGCUGGCGAACUUUUGAAAUACUCUUUACAAAACAAAAUUAGAUCCUAGCUGAAUAUUUGCACAUUUCUGUACGAAUAAAAACGUUUCCUAUCCAUUAGUCCUCGAAAAUUUUAUUAUCAACCAAGUAGGAUAAGAGUUAAAAUAGUCUGUCUAUUUUGAAUAUAUAAUUUUCGAAGUAGAGAAGUUGAGAUCACAAAAUUAUUGUAUUAGUACUUUGAAACAAAUAAUUUACAUAACUACAGAACAUUUUUUAUAUUCGCCCUUCCAAGUUUCAAACUUUCCCCAUCCAAGUUCCCCUCUCACUAAAACAUUUUUGCACCCCAGUUGAUUCUUUAUAGAUCUACUAAAUUCGAACAUUUUCUGUCAAUCAGUUUUUGAAAAAGCUGAGAAAAACGCACGAAAACGAUGGUAAAA